AUGCAUCUUGGCGCCGUUACACUUGCCUUUCUAGCUGCAAUUGCAAGCAUCCAUGCCGCCAAAAACGAGGUUGAAAUACAAAUUGAUCAUGCUGUAGAAUGCGAACGCAGAUCUCAAAAAGGUGACAAAGUCUACGUACACUAUCGUGGCAGCCUCAAGGACGGGGGAAAAGAAUUCGAUAACUCCUAUGACCGCGGUAAGCCUUUGGACUUUGUUGUAGGCGAAGGACAUGUUAUCCAAGGAUGGGAUCAAAAUCUUUUAGGAAUGUGCAUCGGUGACAAGAGGACUCUUACCAUUCCUCCUGAAUUCGGAUAUGGCGACGCCAAAAUAGGGCCCAUUCCAGCUUCGAGCACUUUAGUAUUCACAACCGAAUUGGUCGGUAUACAAGGUGUAGAAGCACCCGAGGCCAAGGUCUCUAGCUCUACUUCAAAGAUUGUCGACAAGGUUGUAGAGUCUGUGAGAGCGGCAGCGACGGAAGCCAAAAAGAUCGCAGAGACAAUUUUAGCAGAUGCCGUUGAUGGCGACCAAGAACACAUGGAGCUCUAG